AUGCUGGAAUCGCACUUCGAAGAAGUAGAAGAAGAAUAUGAUGAUUAUGAUGAUGAGCCAUGUCAUUACACGUAAGUUUUCUCAGUUUUGGGCAGAACUUAUCUUUUUUACUAUUUUCAGAAAAUUCAUGCAAUUUAUUGGUAAAAUGAAUUCAACGCGUCCAAGAUGGACAAUUGCAAAAGUAAUAAGUUGUAUAAAUAUGAUUUAUGUUAAUAAGGUAGGUUAUUUUUCAAAAAAAAAACACGUCAUGUUCUGAAAUAUUACAGAGCCUCAGCAAAUGUUCGUUGAACGAAUUAAAAAUCGAUAAAUCCGAUGUUUUUAUCAAAAGAGAAAAAGUGCGAAAAGUUGUGGAUUAUUUAUAUAAUAAAUGCAAACUUCGACCAGAUUUUUAUGGAUCAAGUAGUAAUGUCGAGGAUAUGGUUCAACAUAUUGAAAUGUAUCCUGAAAUUCAUAAAAGUCUAACAAUUGAACAAUUAUUGCAAACAGAAAUUCCACGAUUACUCAUUUCAACAACUGAAGUUGGUUUAUUUUCGAAACAAGAUAUGGUUUUGGGUAUCAAUUAUAUGAUGAAAUUAACAAAAUAUACAAAUAUUGCUGAUAUGUUUUUGAAAAAAUGGAUUGUUUCAUUUCUCACAAAAGGAUUCGAAUCAUUGAAUGGAACAUAUACAUAUUUGCCGAUUUCUGUGAUGCAAAUGAUGUUUCAUGAAUUCUACGAAAAAGUCACUGAAUUGCCAUUUGUCCGGCCAUUGAAAAUCGAUCAUUUUUUGAAGCUUCGCAACUGUUUCCGCAAGUCUGAUGUGGGAGGGUUAACAUUUUUUGACAAAGUUUUUAUGAAAAAAAUCAAUGUGAUGAAUGAAAAAUGGCCAAUUGCAAAAUAUCAACAUUUAUAUAUCACAAGUUAUGUACAAAUUCAAAUAAUUACAACACGCUGUAAACAUGUUUAUAAGGAAAUUUUGAAACCUUUAUUGAUUUGUGAUAUUGUAAGUUUUGAACGCGUUGCGGUCAAAGCUUUUUGACCGCGUGUCAAACAUGUUCUCCAAAAAAAUAUUUUUUCCAGGAAGAAGAAUGUGCGGCUGUGCGGAUAUUUCAUAUCAAUGGAUCAAAGAUAUUAUUCGCACAAGAACUUGAGGAAAGUCUACAAGUCGCAAUGGCAAAAAGAUAUCCAGAAAAGAAAUAUCCAUCUGGAAUGUUCCCGUUGAAUGAUUAUUCGAAAAAGACUGGAAUCAUCACCGGAAUCACUUUCGAAAAAUUCCAAACAAUCUUGAAAAUCCUGAAAUUAUCGCCAGACAAUGAUAUUCGUUGUAUAAAUAUCAGCGAAUGUUCACAAUAUCCAUUAGUUUCGCCAUACGGAACACUUUGUCUUUCAAAUUUGUCCGCUUUUAAUAAUGUGAUUGAGGUUUUGACGGUGAAUUUGAAGAUAUUUCAAGGAAUGAAAAGGGAGAAAAUGUGGAAUCUUGUUGUUUGGUUGGAAAAAUUUGAGCCGCUUUUUGGCAGGAAGAAAUUCCCGUGGUUCAUCGAAAAAUGGAAAAUCGACGAAAUCUCGAAUCGAAUUCGCGACGAAUUAUUUCAAUCGUAUGUCACCGAAUUUCCAAUCUACGAUAUUCCACUAAAACCAAUUUAUAAAUUCAAGGAUAUUUUGGGGGAACUCAAAAAACUGCUCGGCGAUUUGGCGACUGAAGCGGAAAUUUCGCAUUUUUUGAAUCUUGAAAUGCGUGACAAACAGAAACAAUUGGGAUAUAAAACAGUUCGACCAAUUUAUUGUCUUUAUCGAAAGUUUAUUUUGACUUUGUUGUGUCAGAUUAGCAAAACGGUGAGUUAAAAAUUUUCAAAGGACUUUGGUCUAAUUUUGAAAUUGCAAAAACUGUGUGCGACAGUUGCAUUAAGGUCACGCCCACUUUUGCAAAAAUAAAUCAACUAUUUUUUGCAGAUCGAUGGUUUCACUGAAGUUCGAUGUCGUCAAAGAUUUACAGCUGGAAGUUAUGAGGAUGUAUUGAAACAAAUGCAGAAUAUGGUCAAUCAGCAGAAUCAGAAUAUCAGUAGUAGACCAGUUCCGAAAUGGGUUGUUGAAGUUAGAAGGUAACUUUACAUUUUGUCUUAGCUUUCAAAUACCUUUGAAAAAUUUUGCAGACGAAUCAGGGAAUUUCGAGCAUUGCAAAUGCUUUGCGAGAUAGCUAUAAAUGAGAAAAAACAAGAAGAACAAUUUGAGAAAGUUGAGAAAAUGUAUAAAAAUCGAUUGGAAGAAAUUGAAAGAAUUGAGACGAAAUGGGCAAAAUUCAAUCCGAAAAUGGCUUACAAACGGUUAUUUUCGCGUGAUUUAUUGGAAGAAAUUGAAGAAUUUGAAGAUUAUUAUGACGAAGAUGAAGAUGAAGAAUGGGAACUUGGAGAAAGAUUGAUGAUUUUUAAAAAGUAUGUUAAUUAAUUUUGUAAUUUUUCCCUAUCUAUGUAUAUUAUUUUCUCUAAACUAAUGUAAUUAUUUAUUUUAAUUAAAUUUUUUCCAGAAUCCGGUUUCUUAGAAACAGGCUACAAGCCUACACAGUUUCAGUCUGCAGAAAACUUUAGAUAAGACAUUUUUUCUGAAAAUUUGACUGCUGAUAAGAAAUCAGUAACUGUGGAGAGUAAAAAUUCAUAGAUCAGGAAUGUCAUUAUUUUAAAAAUUCCAAAUUUUCGAUUUUGGAAUCCAAAAUCAAACUAGAAUCGCUGUAGUUCAUUUUUUAGACAAUUUCAAGAACUUCAAAAUAAUUUCGUUCGCACAUAAAUUAUCAGAAAAUUUAUCAAUUAGACUCUGAAAAUGCUGAAAACCAACGUAUUCUCCAUUAGUAAAAUUUUGAAAUAUCUUCCGAAAUCAAUUUUUAUGAGCUCAGAUAACAAUAAACUUGAAAAUGGGCGGAGCUGAAGUUUUCUUUUUUUUUCGCUCUGAAAAUACUUAAAUUAUCAGUCAAUUUAUCAAUUUUCACUCUGAAAAUGCUGAAAACCCUCAUACUCUCCAUUAUUUUGCUAUUCAUUUUUGCUCAAAAAUCUUCAGCUAACAAAAAAGUAUUGAUAUUUUCAAGUUUAAGAGGACAUUCAAAUUUGAAAUUUACUGCAAAUUAUGCAAAUGUGUUAGUUGAAGAAGGUUAUAAUGUUGUGAGUUUUGCUAGAAUUUCUGAAUUUUCUAUGGAAAAAAUGAUAUUGUAGACCGUUGUAAUGCCAAUUAUGGACUUUGAAUUUCCUUUGGAAAAACUGGAACAAAUGAAAAAAGUCAAAGAUUUGCGAAUUAUUCCAUUCAAUUCGAAAAUUUUUGAUAUUUAUCAUCCAUCAAAUUGGCAAAAACAGAAAAAGGCAUUGUGGAAAUAUAAUAGCAUUUUGGGAUUUCUUCAAGUUGCUCAUUUUUUCAGUGAUCUUUAUGCGAUGACUUGUGAACGUUGGUCUUUUUUCGAGUUUUUCUGAAUUUUAGACGAAAAUGGAUUAUCAAAAGCCUUCUCAAAUUUAGAAAACUUCAAUAGGACAAUGUUUAGAUUUUCAGAUGUUUUCCAACAAUUUGAAUUGAUUGAAGAUCUUCGAGAGAUGAAUUUUGAUGUUGGAAUUGCUGAACCAUUGUAUGCUUGUGGAUUUGGUGAGUUUUGAGCGAAAUAAAUUAAUAAAAACCAGACUUUCCAUCAAAAUUCACUUGAAAACUUGAUUUUUUCGCGAAAAAAAACGCGCUCCUUCAUUUUUUGCGAUACUAUUGGCAAGUAUUUUGAGAAUUCAAAACAUUUCAAAAUUCAGAAUGUGCAAAUUUCUUUUUUUUUUUUAAAUAUUAUUGAUAAAAAAAAAUAUCAAAAUCACAUUUCAAAAAUUCUGAAAGCAGUAUGAUGAAACGUAUGAUUUCCGGGUAAUUCUAUCACCACUGAAAUUCCAAAGAGUUUUUUUUAUUAUGAAUGGUUAUUAUUUUGAGACGUCGAAAAAAGUAUCUAAAUUGCAAAACAAAAUUAACAGUUGUACUUCUGAGGCUUCUGAAACUUUCUCUCCAAACAAACUUUAAUUUUUCCAGCACUCCUUGAUCAUCUGAAAAUCCCCACAAGAAUCUCAAUGGAUUGCCAUACUGGUUUGGAAUCAGUGAAAAUGGCACAUAACUUCCCAAUUCUUCUAACAGCUUCAUUUCUCCCGCCAGUUUUCUCGAAUUCUCCAAAACAACCAUUUUCAUUCAAACAAAGAAUUCGGAAUUUAAUCGAUAUUUUAGCAAAUCAAUAUUAUUUAUCAACUAUAAAUAAAGCUGAAAUGGAUUUAAUUUCGAAAAAUAGAACAAUUUAUAAUGGAGAAAAUGAUUGGAUGAAAUUAUUUGCAAAAACAACUUUGAAUUUUGUGAAUUCGAAUCGGAUUUUGGAUUUUGCAAGUUUUUCGACAAAUAAAUUUGUCGAAAUUGGAGGAUUUGGAUAUGAAACUGAAACUAAGAAAAAAGAGAGGAAAAUUGGGAAAUUGGAUGAGAAAUUUGAUGAAAUAUUGAACUUGAGAUCAAAAAAUGUGUUGAUUUCAUUUGGAUCUGUUACAAAAAGCAAAGACAUGCCAAUUGAAAUGAAAAAAUCAUUGAUUAAAGUAUUUCAAACAUUAUCAAAUAUCACAUUUAUUUGGAAAUAUGAAGAAAAACAACCAGAAUUUGAUCUACCUUCAAAUGUAUUUAUUUUUGAUUGGAUUCCACAAUCUGAUUUAUUGCAAGAUUCUAGAUUAUCGAUUUUUAUAACACAUGGUGGAAUAUCAAGUAUUUAUGAAUUAAUUCAGUAUGGGGCAAUUCCAAGUAUUACAAUUCCAAUAUUUGGAGAUCAGGGAAGAAAUUCGAGAAUGUUGGAAAAAUCAGGAAUAUCGAUUUGUUUGAGCAAAUAUGAUUUGAUUUAUCCAAAUAUUAUUAUUGAAAAUAUUCAACAAAUUAUGGAAAAUCAACAAGAAUAUUUGAGAAAUGCAAAAAGAGUUCAGAAAAUGUUGGAAAGUGAUUUGGCACUUCGAGAAAAAUUUGUGCAAAACUUUAAAUUUGCGGUCGAAUUUGGGAGAAUGGAUUUGGACUUGCCAGAAAUCCCAACAUUUCAGUAUUAUUUUUUGGAUCUUCUUCUGGUUUUGAUGAUUUUAGGAAGCUGUUUUAUUUUGGGAUUUGCUUUGGUAUUUCGGAAAAUCAAGAAAUUGAAGUUGAAAAUUGAUUGAUUAAUUUUUCUAUGAGAUUUCUGUGUGAAUGAAUUUUUCGUGUUUCAGAAGUGUUUACCAUUUUGCAAAAUGGUGUGUUUUGCACCAAACUUUGCUGAAAAGUUGUGCGGCUUUAGAGCUCCGUAAAUUCUCAAAAUGACAAUUCUAUGACAUCGGAUUCUUUUUCAGCGUAGUCGAAUUAUUAAAUUACUGGACAGUGGCUGUACACAUCAAACAGUAUUAAAAAUGUUCAAACCUUAUGAAAAUUUUGAAACGUAUAAUUUUUGGGCUGAAAGAUAUCAAAAAAUUGAGAAAAUCAAAACUAAAUAAAUUUUAACUGAUGUAAAUUAAAGAAAAGUUUUACUAACUAAAAUAAAAUAUGAUUUCAUAAAGUUUUUGGCCCUUUUUUGACACCCUGGUGUGAUAAAAUGAUACGCGUGUUCACCUGGGAAAAUCCAAAUAGGGUGACCGAGCGGCGAAGAGAUACUGUAGUUGGGAAACUGCGAAAAUUUGGGUCAACCGGAAAAUCUAUUCUGUCACAUAUUUUUGGGAAGAUGUGGAUUACUGUAAUUUGAUUGAAAAAUUAAUUAGGAAAGUUUUUUUCAAGAAAUUUUCAUUUUUUCGAAAAACAGAAUUGAUAAUUUUCUGAUAUUUUGUUUCAUUCACAUUUUUUUAAUCAAUUUUUAUUUGAAAAAUACAAUUUGGAACUUACGUGAGAUGUUUCCAGUAAAUUAUACGUUUUAGAAUUUUCAUAAUAAUUUUCGGAUUCCAAUUUUUUUGAUAGUCUGUUCUCAUUUUCCCUAUAUACAGUAACCCGCAUGUUCCCAAAACCAAAAGAAGAUAUUUUCCCAGUUUCACACCAAGGUGUGAAAAAGGCCCAACGUUGGUCGACACGGGCGGCUUGGCCCCCAACACCUAUUGUCCUAGGUCAACACGCGUCUUUAUCACAACAUCUGGUGUGAAAAAGGGGCGUGGCUUGCAGGUGGGCGGGGCAAAAAUAGGAAGGGGGCCGAAAUGACUAUAAAAGCUCGAAUCAUUUUGUCAUAUUACUUCUUCUUAUGAUCUCAUAACUAGAUUUAUGUCUAGGUUUUUUUUUCAAUUUGAAUUUUUUAUUUAUUUUUUCUCUGUUUUUUCUUGAAAUUUGUUGAAUAUUUUCCAUAAAUCUCUCUCUUCGAAAAUUUUUUCUAAACUUCUCCAGUUUUGAACUUUCCUAUCUCUGAUUUUUGAGAUUUCUCUAAUAUUUUUCGUUAACCUUUUUCCCAAAUUUGUUUUUCCCUUGAUUUCAAAUUAUUUCUUCCAGAAAACUCACCUCAAAAUGUCCUCCCCAAUCUCCAAAUCAUUGAAACGUCCAUCUCAAGAAUCUGCUUUCAAUCCAAAUGCAAAACAAAUCAAAUUAUCGAAAGAAGAAUCGGAUAAUAUUUUUGCAAUUGCAAUGAGUGGAAAUUCGAAAUCAACUGGAGCUGCAAUGAAAAUCGAUUAUUCGAAAUAUAAGGUAAGUUCUUUUAGAAAAUCUUUUUUUUUUGAAGCAAAAUUAAAUUUUUUUCUAAUUUCAGAUUUCGAAAAAGACACCAUCUCCAACACCUUCAACUCGAAGUCCAAUUUCUGAUUCUACACCUUCAACAAGCUCGGGCUCGUCUUCAGUUAGCCCAACUUCAGCAAGUUCAAUCAAAUUCAAUGCUCCAGAAGCGCCAAAAGUUGACGAAAAUAUGGUUACAAGAAGAAAUGAACGACAAAAAGUGUUUGCUGGAAGAAGAAAACAACAAGUUUUGGCUGAAAAUUCGAGCAAAAUCAACAUUCGAGAUGGAAAUAUCAAUAGUCAAAUUUCUUAUCAAGAAUUGAAGCCUGAAUUGAUCAAAUUGAAUUUGGAGGAUUUGCGAAACGUUCUCUUCAAAAAUCCACAUUUGGCAAAGGAUUCAGAUGAAUUAUUCUUGAAUUUUAUCAAGAAAGACUUCCCGAAACAAGCGAAUCAAGAAAAUAAAAAGGAUUUGACAUGGAGACAAUUAUUGGAAAAGUGAGUUCUAUUUUUCUUCUAAAAAAUAUAUAUAUUUGAAUUUUUUGCAGACUUUCAAUUCGUAAAAAGCAAAAGGAAAAUGAGAAAUUGGAAAUGUUGACAAAAAGAAUUGCCAGAACUCAUCAACAAAAUGACAAAGAGCAAAGAAAGACUGUAAGUUUUUUUUUCAAUUUUCCAAAUUCAAUUGGUAUUAUACCUUUUUUUUGCAGAUUGUCAUCGGAUUUUCUGAGGCGAAACCUCGUCGUGGACCAACCAAAAUUGUUCCAAACCCACCAAAAGCUCCAACAAUGGAACAAAAAUCGGAGCCUCGAAAAUCUGCCAAACCUCAACCCAAACCAGCUCCAGCUCCAGUUCCAUCUCAACCAUCUGCUUCAAUUGUUCGCCAAAGUUCAAAUUCUAAAAAACCUGCCAAAAAAGCUCCACUUAUGGCAAAAGUUAUCAGAAUGCUCAAAAGAUAA